AAGGUAUAUUUCCUUUGUAAAUUAGGGAAUGGUCGUAACAAAAUCGCUAUCAAGUGAGCCAGGGCCUCUAGGCCCGGUCCACUGGUCCACAUCCCACGCUGCUGAUAAGGGAUGAAGAAGGGAUGCGGAUCGGCCGUUAGCUCGGUACUAGCGAGAGAGGUCCGAAUCGCGUGGGGUGCGGCGAAACUAGAGGAGAGCACAGCUAUCGAUCGAUAUGUGGAUAGCGACGCCUGUGCAGUGAGCGAGCCCGAGCCACGAUCGACAACCGUAGAGCCCAGGGGAAACAAUCGUGUCGUCUCUUUGACGUAGCUCGACGCGCUCGACUACGCGUGUGAGAACGGCGAGUGUGGACAGUGGUUGUUGUUCCCUUUCACGUGCUCCCGCCGGCGAUUCCGUGGCUCGCCGUAUCUCUCUCGCGUUCCUGGCUGAGGGUCUUCUCCUUUAAGUGAACUCUCCGUUGGAGCCACGCAGCCGGCUGACAGAUUCGCCGUUCACGACGGCGGCAUCCUCGGCACGGCGAAACGCGUCGUCAUGUGGCUGACAGUGCGAGAUACAUUAGUUGUUACUCUGGAAACGAAGAAGAAGCGUUGGACGUUCGGUAUGACGUAAACCAGUUACAGCUUCCACGGAAGAAACUGAAAACGGCCGAAAAAAGCGCCGUGCGACAAAAAAAGAGAUAAAUAGAUAGAGAAACGGACAUCAAGUGUGAACAAGUGUAAAAUGUCCGAAAACGAAACAAAAUCGGCUUCACCGAUACCCACGGUUAUGUGCGCGCAAUGUUGUAGUAGCAAUGAUGGCGGUGGUGACAGUGGCGGUGGCGGCGGAAGUGGAGGUAGUGGUCUGUCGACCACACAAUGCCCGGCCCUGCAGGUCACCUCGCGGAUGCUGCGCUCACCGAGUCAUGAGAGCGUCACCACCGACCUGUCACUCUUCAGCGUGUCGUCGAUCGCAAGCGACCUGCGCAGCGCCAACAGGUUGGUCACUUUCAAAUCCUACAGCGAUGCGCAACUCACCGGACGGGGGCCCUCACCGAAACCAGAUUCUCGACAAAUUCAGGGCAACAGGCCGGCAGACAUUCCAGAGAUUUUAUGGUUUGAGGAGGAGAACGAACUAAUUCGCAGCUGCGGUGUUCUGUCGUCAGCAUUGGGAUUGCGUAAGAGUUUUAGUACGAGCGAUGUGUCGCAGCUUCCUAGCCCAGACGCAGCUGGAGCCGGUGGCCUACGAACGGCAGUAUCCGCUCUAGCUCUCGACACUGCCCAGCGCAAUACCCUGCUGCUGGAACACGCCAGACUCGAUCAUGCCUCGAGGUCCUGUAGCACCUGGGUUGCCGUGGGUGAACCCGUGGCCAGUACGUCCCAGCUUCCUAGCCCGCAUGGAGGAACCGCGCAAGAACAGCAGCCUCAACAGCAGCAGCAGCAGCAGCAGCAGCAAUCGCAGUCGCAGCAGCUCCAAUCACAGCAGCAAUCUUCUUCAAACGCUCAAUCGGUGCCACAAUUACCACCUCAACCACCGGCACCACCGCCACCACCUGUGCCCUUCACUGGAGCGGAUCUCGUGAGGUCCGUCAAUAAGAAAGUCCGACAGAACUACAUACGCCGAAGGUUACUGACCACGUACCGCGCUUUGGAGCGCCUUUCGCAGAGUGAAUUUAAUCUAGAUCAGCUAGAAGCGGCGGCUACCGCGGCACAGAGCUCUCAUGGUGCCACUUUGCUGGUGCCCGGAACGGCCGGAGUUCCUGGUGCUUCCUUGAUUGGACGGAAGGAGCGAAAUCAUGCGUUGACCAUACGGGACGUUGAGAGAGAACGUGGAAAUCAGCUGUCCAAGUAUGAAAGGAACAUGAUGAUCUUCAAUUGGCUUCACACUUUGGACGACAGUGCAGUCGUAGAUAGCGUCGAAUAAGGGACAAGGAAACUUCUCCAACACCUACCGCAAUUCCGACAACGUACGACCUAUCGUGCCUAAGUCUCUUCCUCUUCGAUAUUCCUUUAUCGAGGACGCUUCGUUGACGCUAUAUUGCCGCACCUCGGAGAAUAAUACGUAAGACUUCUUUACUGUUAACUAUAUUGAGUUAUGACGUCUACAAAAAGAUACAAAUCUUUUUCUUGCACUACUCAACGAUAUAAAUUAGUAUUUUUUUUCGAAUGUUUUACUUUCAUUCGAUAAAAUAAAAAAAUGUAUAAAACUCCCCAUUUAGUCCUUUAUAAACUUUCACUAAUAAUGCCAGAUAUAUUCAGGUUAAUCUCUGCUGAAGUCAAAAGUUAGAUGUUAUUUAUUUUAUCCUUCCCUCGCGGUUAAAAUAUAUUAUGAAAUGCAUUUUACGUAAUCAAGAGAAAGAUGAGUUGACAUUCAACAGAGAUAAAGUGCCUAUUUCAGGCGAAAAUUAAUAAGUGAUCUGUAAUUUAAUCUAUACUACGUUAACGAACGUUAUCCUAUUUUAACAAAAAUAGAUUAGGAUUUACGACUGUCUAUUCAUAAAUUGGAAAGAGAAUCUGGCAUUUAAGCUUAUUUUAUUGAAUACAGAUGGUAACAUGUGUAAAAAGACUAAUUUAUUCUGAUGUACAUUGUGCGAGAAUAAUCGCUUCUAUGAAUAUGAUGUAUAGUGUUAUUUCAUAUCAUAAGCGCAAUCUCUCGCAUCUGAUGUCAUAAUCCAAUAUAGUUGCAAUAAUGAGCCAGAGAAGCUAUGAGUUAAAGUAACUAUUGCAAGACAUCCGUCCCUCCUCGUCCAGUGACACCGAUUGAUGUCGCUUUAACGAGUGUAUCCGAAGCAUUUCGAAUAAAGCGGAAAUCCGUUUUAUUGGCUACAAAAAGCAUAUAUGCAUGAAAAAUAUGGGCCUUAUAGCGAAUUCGGUCGCUUGAUUAUUCCAUACUGAUGCGCACUAAAGGCACCUAAAAAUCUAAUAAAGAAACAUAUACAGAAAUAUCUGAUAAUAUAGAUCAAGAUAUA